UGCUUCAUUCCUGUAUUUAUUAGAAAAAGUUCAAGUGUUGUCCCUCCUGAAUAUGGUGUUUGCUUUUGGAUGUAAGAUAGCUGCUUUUUAUAAUAUUUUUUAAAAGAUGUCUUUAUGCCAAUACUUUGCCCCAUUCAAGUGUUUUUUAUGUCAAAGAUUUUUUUUUCUGCAUCUAUGGAGAUGAUCAUGUGAUUUUGGAUGUUUUGGUUUUUAAUAUAAUUAAUUAUACUAGUUUUCCCAAUCUUGAAUAAUUUUUGCAUCCCUGGUAUAAAUACCACUUGAUCAUUAUGUAUGAUUUCUUGGAUGAGUCACUGUUGUCUGCUUACUAGGAUUUUGUUUUAAAUUUUUUGAGUUAAUUUCAUUAAUGAUAUUGGUUUUUAGUUUUCUUUGUUUUAUUUUUCCUGAGUUUAGGCACUGGGAUUAUAUUUGUGUCAUUAAAGAAAUCUUGCUUUCUUUCUCAAAUUUUGAGGAUAAUUGUGAAGUAUGGGCUCUGUUUCUUAGAAGUAUGAUAAAAGUCUAAAGUCUAAAGUGUCAGGAGUAGGAGUCCUUUUCCCCCUUGCAGUUAAGAGAAGGAGAGGUUCAUAAUACGAUCCCAAAUUAGAUAUGUCCAUCAUAAGUUUGCUGUUUUUGUUUUGGCUAAGCAGUUGGGGUUAAGCAACUUGUCCGGGAUCAUACAGCUAAUUAACAUAAAAAACUUCAGGAUCAGUGCUCUGGAGAAAGAAAUUUGUGACCAAAGAUGAACUAGAGACCAUUACCAAUCACAAAAUAGAAAAUUUUGAUUAUAUCAAAUUAAAAAGCCUUUGUACAAACAGAACGAAUGCAAACAAGAUUAGUAGGGAAGCAACAAACUGGGAAAACAUCUUUACAAUUAAAGGUUCUGAUAAAGGCCUUAUUUCCAAAAUAUAUAGAGAACUGACUCAAAUUUAUAAAAAAUCAAGCCAUUCUCCAAUUGAUAAAUGGUCAAAGGAUAUGAACAGACAAUUUUCAGAUGAAGAAAUUGAAACUAUUACCACUCACAUGAAAGAGUGUUCCAAAUCACUAUUGAUCAGAGAAAUGCAAAUUAAGACAACUCUGAGAUAUCACUACACACCUGUCAGAUUGGCUAAGAUGACAGGAAAAAAUAAUAAUGAACAUUGGAGGGGAUGCGGGAAAAUGGGGACACUGAUGCAUUGUUGGUGGAAUUGUGAAAGAAUCCAGCCAUUCUGGAGAGCAAUCUGGAAUUAUGCCCAAAAAAUUAUCAAGCUGUGCAUACCCUUUGAUCCAGCAGUGUUUCUAUUGGGCUUAUAUCCCAAAGAAAUACUAAAGAAGGGAAAGGGACCUGUAUGUGCCAAAAUGUUUGUAGCAGCCCUGUUUGUAGUGGCUAGAAACUGGAAAAUGAAAGGAUGUCCGUCAAUUGGAGAAUGGCUGGGUAAAUUGUGGUAUAUGAAUGUUAUGGAAUAUUAUUGCUCUGUAAGGAAUGACCAGCAGGAUGAAUACAGAGAGGCUUGGAGAGACCUACGUGGACUGAUGCUGAGUGAAAUGAGCAGAACCAGGAGAUCAUUAUACACUUUGAAAACGAUAUUGUAUGAGGAGGUAUUCUGAUGGAAGUGGAUUUCUCUGACAAAGAGACUUAACUGAGUUUCAUUGGAUAAAUGAUGGACAGAAACAGCUACACCCAAAGAAGGAAUACUGGGAAAUGAAUGUGAACUAUUUGAUUUUUGAUUUUCUUCCCGAGUUAUUUUUACCUUCUGAAUUCAACUCUCCCUGUGCAGUGGGAGAACUGUUCGGUUCUGCAAAUAUGUAUUGUAUCUAGGAUAUACUGCUACAUAUUUAAUAUAUAUAGGACUGCUUGCCAUCUUGGGGGGGGGGGAGGAGGAAGGGAGGGGAAAAAACGAAACAUAAGUGAUUGCAAGGGAUAAUGCUGUGUAAAAAUUAUCCUGGCAUGGAUUCUGUCAAUACAAAGUUAUUAUUAAAUAAAAAAAAAAAAUCUAAAAAAAAAAAAAAAAAAAGGAUCAGUGCUCUGUUUACCGAUACACGUUUUAGCUAAUCCACGCCCAAUUCCGCUUUUCUGCCCGCCCUUCAGUAGUUCCGAGGCAAUAAAACACCCUGCGAAAUUUUCACAUUUAGUUUUCUAACAGCAAUUAGUGAGUUCCUGCGUUCUCUUUAAAGCAAAUCAGAUAACUUCACAGCAAGUGUGUGUUAUUUGAGGCUAAGAAAAGAUGACAGAAAAAAACCCGUUGUAUAGUCUUCUAUUUCUGUUCAUCCUGCGGUGUUUGGCUAAUGCACAACCUCAUGUUCUUCAAUACAAUAUAUUUGUCACAGUCAUGGAUGGAGAACCCCUCUUAGUUUCUGUCCUUGGCUACCUAAAAGGUGACUUAUUCCUUUAUUAUGAUAGUAAAAUCCAGACACCUGAACCUCGAAGUACUUUGUUAGACAGCAUUACAAAAACAGACACUUGGAAGACAGAGAAGAACAAUGUGAAGGAGAUUGUAAAGGAUUUCAGGAUUAUUCUGGGAAAAGUUAUGGAGCAGAACAACCGAAACACAGGUUCUCACAUCUUCCAGGAAAUACUUGGCUGUGAACUCCAUAAAGAUGGGAGCAUCCGAGGAUUUUUGAGAUUUGGUUAUAAUGGAGAGGACUUCCUUACCUUCCACUCUGAGAACCUCACCUGGGAGGCACUCCACCCUGCUGCUAGAAGUCUGAAGAAUGCCUUUGAGGCAGAGCCAGUAGAAACAAAGAUACAAAAAGCAAAGUUGGAAGGAGACUAUUGUUUUAAACUUCAGAAGUACCUGGAAGUUUGGAAUAAGAAAAAAGCAGUGCCCCCUUUACUGAAUCUGACUCGCAAGAAGUGUAGAGCUUACAACCUUUUCCCUGGGAACAUCAAGAUAACCUUGUAUGAGAAUGGCUAUACAUUGAGCCAAAGGGACCAGGAAGGAACUAUCAUUCGACCUAGUGGAGAUGGUACCUACCAAGCCUGGGCGUCUAGAAGUGUCUACUCUGAAAACUCAAAUUAUACUUGCCAUGUGGAACAUCAAGGAACCAACCAAACCACUUCUAAAUCCUUGGGUCCUGUUUCAGAAGCAAACCGAAGAUAUGGGAUCCCUCCUGCUCUUUUUGGUGUUUUUGUUGCUGCUGUGCAUAUGAUAUAUGAAAUGAUGAUAUGAUAAUGGAAUAUUAUUGUUGUAUAAGCAAUGACCAUCAGAUGAUUUCAGAAAGGCCUGGAGAGACUUACAUGAACUGAUACUGAGUGAAAUGAGCAGAACCAGAAGAUCGUUAUACAUGGCAACAAUUAGAAUAUACAAUAAUCAGUUUUGAUGGAUAUGGUUCUCUCAAAAAAUGAGAUGAUCCAGGCCAAUUCCUGAAGAGAACAUCUACACACCGAGAUAGAACUGUGGAAACCUAGGGUGCAUCACAACAUAGCAUUUUCACUCUUUCUCUUGUAGUUUGCUUCAAUUUUGUUUUUUUCCCAUUAUUUUUUCUCUUUUUGAUUUGAUUUUUCUUAUACAGUAUGUAUAAACAUGUAUAGAAGAAUCACACAUGUUUAACAUAUAUUGUUCUAAGGAAGAAGGUAGAGGGAAGGGAGGGAAAAAUGAGAACAUAAGGUUUUGUAAGGGUAAAUGUUGAAAAUUGUCCAUGUAUAUAUUUUGAAAAUAAAAAGCUUUAAUUAAAAAAUAAAAUUGUUUUAAGAAAAAAGGAAAAAAUUUAAAAAAUAUUUUUAGGGUUAUAACUUUAUUGUUGUUCAUCCUUUCAAGAGGACAAUGAGAGCAGGUUGGUGAUGCCAUGAAAUCCCCAUAAAUGAGAUUGAAGUGAAAGAGAGAUGUGUAAGGUUAUAUGUCUCACUGUCUUCUCCAGAGACACCUGGGUCCAGUGGCCAGAUAAAUGAAGAAGACUGGAGAUGGCCCCAGAUGAAAUGGGAUCAUAAUUUUAUCCUGAGCUAGACAAAAGGAGCCUCUUAGAAAUGUACUAGUCUAAUGGUUUGGGAAAGGUCUAAGGGACACAGGAAAUGGAAACCAUGGGAAGGAAGGACAAAAGGUAAAGGAGUAACAUCCUAAGUAUUAAUAAAUAUCUUACCUCUUUAUUUAUACAUAAACUGUUACAUAUUUGUUAUUGGAGAAAUUAAAUUGAUUAUCGUUUAGUAUACUCCAUUUUGCAUGGUUUCUCAGGCCAAGGAAAAGGCAGGAUUAGACCCACUUGAAUGUCAGCUCACUUUUUCUAUUGUAGUAUGAUAAUUGUAUUGCUAAUUGUUAUUUGUUCCACAGCUUCCAAAAUCCUUCUCUUUUCUUGUGUGUCAAUAAAGAAGAUGCCUCUUCA